UUAUUACCGUUAUGCAUUUGAAACCACCGCCAAAAUCAAACAAUGCGUAUACAUGAAGAGAUUAACAAAAUUAACCCAAACUCACUUCUCUCAACUCAAAACCUUAAUCUCUCAAAAUUCUUACCCACAAGCUCUCAAAUCGUCACUCACUCUCACUUCUCCAUUCAAUCCUCUCCUCACCGAUCAAAUUUACUCUAAUUUCAUCAAAUCAGGCAAUUCACUCGACCCUUACCUCUCAUCAUCCCUAAUAUCACACUAUUCAAAAAUUAACAAACUCUCUGAAGCUUUCGAGUUCUUUUUAGAUACCAAAGGCCCAGAUAUCAUAACCUACAAUGCACUCAUUUCUGGGUUUGCUAAGUUUAGUUAUUCCAGUGAUGUUGUUUUUGAGCUUUUUAAUGAAUUAAGGCGUGCGGGUUUGGUUCCUGAUGUGUUUACUUUGAGUUCUUUGGUUAAAGGGUGUGGGGAUUCGAGAGAGAAUGAGGCUGUGCAUGGGGUUGGUGUGAGGCUAGGGUUUGAGUGUAGUGGUUAUGUUGUGAGUGGGUUGAUUGAGAAUUAUGCUAAAAAUGGGGAUGUGGGUUCAUCUGAGAGAUGUUUUAGUGAGUGUUUUGAUGUUGAUAAUGUUGUUUACACUGCUAUGAUUAGUGGGUAUGUGGGGAAUUGUGAGUUUGAUAAGGGGAAGAAGGUUUUUGGGGAAAUGAGAGGUUUAGGUUUAGAGUUUAAUGAGUUUAGCUUAACUGGGGUGAUGGGCGGUCUCUUUGAUGUCGGAGAAGGGGGGCAGAUUCAUGGGUUUGGUUUGAAAAUGGGGUUAUUGUACAGUAGUUCAAUGCAUUUGAGUAAUGCUGUUUUGAGUAUGUAUUUGAGGUGCGGGAGUAACAUUGAUGCUGUUAAAGUGUUUGAUGAAAUUCCUCAUCCAGAUCUAGUGUCUUGGACUGAGAGGAUUGCAGCUUCUUUUGAUGGUAAUGAAGCACUGGAGUGUUUUAGGAUUCUUCUUUCUUUAAAUUUAGGCGUUAAUGAGUACACUUUGAUCAAUGUCUUGUCAGCUAUUGGAGGAGAUAAGUUUUUGAUUGCAGGGAAGCAAAUUUAUGCUCUUUGUCACAAGGCGGGGUAUUUUCAAGCGGUCUCUGUUGGCAAUGCAUUGGUGUCUAUGUUCGGGAGGUGUGGUCAACUGCGAGAUGCUAGACAAGUUUUCAGUAAUAUGAUUUAUCGGGAUUCUGUUUCUUGGAAUUCUUUGAUUGCUGCAUGUUCUGAAAAUGGAUUUGUUACUGAGGCUCUACAGGUGUACUCUCAUAUGCGUGACCUUUCACUACAGCCUACCAUUUAUACUCUGUCUAGCAUUCUUGAAAUAGUUUCGAACUUUUAUUGUAUAGAAAAGGCAAUGCAAAUCCAUUCACUUGUGAUUAAAAGUGGAUUCAUGUGGGUUGAUUGCUUAGUUUCUAGCUUGAUAAUAACGUACGGGAGAUGCAAUGGUAUGGAUGCAUCAAAGAGGAUAUUUUAUGAGAUUAAUGAGAUAAAUUUGGUGCAUUUGAAUGCAAUGAUGACAGCCUUCGUCCAUGGUGAAUGUCAUCUUGAGGCUUUACAUUUGUUCCAAACCAUAUGGAGUUCAAGCCUUGAAGUGGACGGAAAGACUUUCAGCACCGUCCUUAAAGCUUGUUGUGCCAUGACAGAUAUGGAACAGGGGGCAGCAAUCCAUUCCCUAUCUCUAAAAUAUGGAUUGGAUCAGGACAGCUUUAUCGAAAGUGCUUUAGUUGACAUCUACUGUAAGUGUGGAAAUCUUGUAGAUGCUGAAGAAGCAUUUUUUAGUGCAUCUACCGGUAAUUUAGCGGCCUGGAAUGCCAUGAUUAUGGGAUAUGCGCAACAUGGUUGCUGCCAAGAUGUUUUCAGGAUUUUCGAUGAGAUGUGUAAAUUGGGAGUUCAACCCGAUAAAAUAACUUACCUUGGUCUUCUUACUUCAUGCUGCCAUGUUGGUCUGGUGGAUCAAGCACUUUAUUACUUCCAAUCUAUGCUUGAACUUCAUGGAGUAAUUCCAAGUUUAGAACAUUAUGCUUGCAUGGUUGAUCUGUUUGGUCGACUAGGACUCGUAGAAGAUGCCAAGGAGAUGAUAGAUCAUAUGCCAGUUCAACCUGAUGCUCAUAUAUGGCAAAUUUUACUAUCAGCCUGCAACAUCCAUAAGCACGUUGAACUGGGGAGAGUUGCAGCCAAUAAACUUCUUGAGCUACAGCCUGAAAAUGAAUCGGCUUAUGUACUUUUGUCGAAUCUAUAUGCUUCUAAUGGAAUGUGGGGUGCUGUUGGAAGACUGAGAAAAGAAAUGAAGCAAAAAAUAUCAAACAAAGGUCCUGGUUCUAGUUGGAUUCAAGUAGAGGGAACAACCCUUACAUUUUUUGCUGAUGAUAUCUCGCAUUCUCAAAAUGAAGAAUUAUAUCUAGAGUUAAUAAGGCUGUAUGGGCAAAUGUUAACUUUGUCAAAGCCAAAGCAAGAUGAAGGUUUUCAGUACAUCUAUGCAUUAUGAAACUUUCCUAAAAUUAUUGACACGAAAGAGCGGCUCUUGGCUUUCUUAGAUUAACAGUCCUCAAACGCAGAUACCUUUGGCAAAUCAGCCUCGGGAAUGACGGCGAUGUGAAGAGGCUCUGGAUAGAACAGAUACAAUGGAGUGAAAAACUUUUGCUGCUAUCUUUGACUUUAUCUGUCCUCUCUUUGGAAGUGGCUUCGUGGCUCUGAUCACUUUUCUAAAUGCAGCAGCUGGAACAUUACUAACUCUGUUGUUCAUGAUGCUAGAAAAGAUUCACAUUUUUAUACUAUAUAUCUUCCCAUGUUUUCAUGGAGAUCUUGGUACUGUCAAAUUGCCACAUUGCAGCCAACAGGUCAGACCGGACUGCUAUGUUGUGUUUUAAAUCUUUAUACUGUCAAGUUGAUGAUUCUGAUCACAUGCUCACAUUGCAUUCUCAGUUGCUAAUCUCGGAUAUUAUGACCAAUACAUUACAAAAUUUAUUCAAAAUAUUUUUAUUUAAUGUUCAUGAAAUAUUUUGAUUUUUCAGUUAACUUUGUAAGAAAAUAAUUUUUUUAGUGUUCGAUUUUGAUUAAGUGUCAUGUAAAAGUCUCUCUCUCAAACAUGUGCAGCCGCAUCAGGGGCUUAUUAUUAUUAUAUAACCUACAAUUAUUGUUUAA